CAGCCUGGAAGGAGUUCCAAAAGUGUUUAGCCUCAUGAAAGCAUCCACAAAGAUGGUUGGCAGAUGCAUGUACCUGAACGUCUUGCUCCAGACAAAAUCGCACGAUAUACUUAACAGGUUUAUCAGAGUUGGAGGAUAUCGGCUGUUGAAUUCCUGGCUCACUUACUCCAAAACUACCAACAAUACACCUCUGCUUCAGCUCAUCCUGCUUACGCUGCAGAAGCUGCCCCUCAAAGUGGACCACCUCAAACAGAACAACACCGCAAAGUUGGUGAAGCAGCUGACCAAGAGCGCAGACACGGAAGAGCUUAGAAAAUUAGCCUCUGUUCUAGUAGAUGGAUGGAUGGCCAUAAUUCGCUCCCAGAGUGUCUCAGCGAGUGGCAGCUCCCCUGCUGAUAAGAAAAAGAAGAAAGAGGAGAGCAAGGUGCCGUUGCGUGACAUUAAAGAAAAAACUCCAGAUGAAGACAAGAAGAAGGAUAAGCCUAAAGCGCAUGCGCCCAGUCACACAAAGAUUCGCUCCAUUGGGUUAGAAAUGGAGACGACAAAUCCCGCACCUGCUAAGAAGACACCCGUUGCACCGCCGUUGGGGGACAAGUACAACAUCAAACCACCAGUCCUAAAGAGGCAGAGUUCCAGUCCCUCAGAUGCUCCUCCACUUGAGAAAAAAUACAAACCUCUUAAUAUGCCGUCCAACUCUGCCAAAGAGAUCAAGGUCAAGAUCAUUCCAGCACAACCGAUGGAGGCCACUGGAUUCCUGGAUGCUCUGAACUCUGCCCCGGUGCCAGGGAUCAAGAUUAAGAAGAAGAAACUCAGUGCGACUUCGCCAGUCAGCAAGGCUGUCUCACCUACGACUAACAAGGUGAUAUCGUUCGACGGCAAACCUUCGUCCGGUGCAAAACCUUCAUCUCCAGACGCAGGUGUUUCUUCCAUGCAAGUGGAUGAAAACAAUGAGCCAGAGCAGCCUGGCACUCCAGUUCCCGCUGAUGACCCUGAGGCAUCUGACAAUAAUGAGAAACCUAACGCUUUGGCAGAACCGCGUGGCGACGAAGAAAGUUUGACCAAAAGGGGGAAAAAGAAGAAGACGGUUCACUGGGCCGAGGAAGAACAUCUCAAACAUUACUUCUACUUUGAUCUGGAUGAGACAGAGAGAGUGAAUGUCAACAAGAUCAAAGACUUUGGCGAGGCUGCGAAACGAGAGCUAAUGAUGGACAGGCAGACGUUCGAGAUGGCCCGUCGUCUCUCCCACGACACGAUGGAAGAGAGGGUUCCGUGGACGCCCCCUCGGCCUCUGACGCUGACCGGGAGCCUGGUCAUCCCGGGGUCCAACAGCACAGAAAAGUUCACCCAGAGGGAUCGGGAGAUGGGUAUUCUUCAGGAGAUCUUCCUCAACAAGGAGAGUGUUCCCGACACGCCGCAUGAACCUGACCCAGAGCCCUACGAACCCAUGCCGCCUCGUCUGAUUCCCCUGGAUGAGGACUCGUCCAUGCAGGAGGAAGGCUACGCGGAGCCCAUGGACACCACGCCGCAGCAGGUCUGUGCCGCGGGACAGAGUGAGAACGCCAAGCUGCCGCCGGUCCUGGCAAACCUUAUGGGCAACAUGAACAGCAAUUCCCGUAGCCCACAAGCCACAAACAACACCAACAACCCCAUACCUCCCUCUGUCAAUGUGCAGGAGCUGCUUCAGUCCAUCAUGGGUGCUUCUGGUAACCAGUCGACCGAAGACUUGAUCAAGCAGCCUGACUUCUCCGACAAGAUUAAACAGCUCCUGGGCUCCCUACAGCAGAACCAGAACCAGAACCAGGGAGGACCUCCACCAGUCAACCCGGGUUUGCUCGGCCACGGCCCCGGCAUGAAUAACAUGAACAACAUGAACAAUAUGAACAUGCACAUGCAGAUGCCCAUGAAUGGUGGCUUUCCACCCAACAACCCACCUGGCGGUCCACGCUUCAACCACCCCCCGCCCAACCACAACCACCCCCCGCCCUUCAAUCCAGGCGGAGGCCCUCGCAUGAUGGGGCCGCCUCCGCCGCCAGGCCAAGGACGCGGAGACAACGGGAACUACUGGGGGGACGACUCGAUGAGGGGAGGGCCCCACCGAGGAGGUCACUUCCACCGAGGCCGGGGAAGAGGUGGAGGAGUUGAGCCGGGCUUCAGGGGCCGAGGUAGAGGAGGACCAAGAGGAGGACACAACAAUAUGAACGACAUGUCCAAGAGACCCGUGUGUCGUCACUUCAUGAUGAAGGGAAGCUGCAGGUACGAGAACAACUGCGCUUUCUACCAUCCUGGCGUAAAUGGACCACCGCUGCCACCCAACCACCCAGCCAACAACCAACACAACCAGCACCCGCAGCAUUGACCCUACGAUGACCCUGCUGCCAAGGGAUCAAGUCUUUCCACUGUUAUGACCUCCGGGGGGGCCUUUCUGUGAUCAAACCACUACAGGACAUUUAUACGGCUGUACAGUCAAUAAUGAACAACUGUUUUCGCUGCAAUUUAUCAUGUGACUUCAAAAUCUCAGAGUAAACUUUCCUUUAUCCAAGAAAGGAAAUCACAGCGGAGCAGUAAGCUUAGAAUUGAUCACUAAUCAUGACAUUUCUUUUUCUUUUUUUUUUUUAAUUUGUGAUUAUUUUUACUUGGCCUCCACACUGCUGUAACUGCCUUGUGUUUCGUCACUUUCCGCACAGUUUUACAUGUUCGACCAAACAGAAGUGUUCUGCACAGUUAAAGUCCCUUCUCGUCGUGGCGUUUGCACCGUGUACCACGAUGCGUUGUUGUUUUCGUCCGCUUUCGUAUGUUUUUCCGGCUCACUUCCAUAAGCCGUCAUGUCUGCGCAAAGAAGUCCAAAAGGUUUUCGUCAAAACUUUUAAUUCUACGGCAAAAAGUGACACAAGCACUUUAUAAGGAUACGGGCCAAUUGAAUUCAGCCACUGUUACGUUCAUUUGAAACAAGGACUGGAAAUACUGAGCAUGUAUACUGAUGGGUGUAUUACUACAGUUGCUGGUAUUGAUUGUGUACAAGUGAUCCCAAGCUUCCACAUACAUGUGCUCUGAUUCAGCAUGGCUGUGGUCUAACCAAUCAGCUUCAUCGGUGUGUAUGUGAUGCAACAAUCAUGAGAUGCUGCAGCUGCUGCUGCUGCCUAUAACUUCUGCGCUCCCUCCUGAACCCUCAAAGGCUUUUUAUUCUCAGUGUUAAGAGUCCAGUUAGUGAGGUCAGCCAUUUUGAAUGUUUUCUGUGAAAACAAUGACUAUUGCGUCUCUUGUGGGACUGCUCGAAUGUUGGGUUGGUUUUUUUUGUUUUUUUGUUUUUUGUUGUUGUUGUUGUUGUUGUUGUUGUUGCUCCCUCUCAACCCUGUGUAUUUUUUUUAAUCCAUAUUUUCAGUUUAAGAAUUUUGUACACAGAUUACUGAAUAAAUGCCAAACUAUAAAGCGUGUGCUUUGAU